AGAGAGUAGGUGAACUUGACAUGGAAGAUAACCUCGUUACAUCUCCUAUAUGCAAUUUUUGCAUUAUGAUUAAUGUGCAAUUAAAAAAGAGGUAUUCAAUUCCGGCUAUUCUGAAACCAUCAAGAGAAAAUAUUAAUUAAAAUUGUUCGUUAGCAAUCGGAUUCUAUCGGAAAUAAAAAGGAAUCAAGUAUAAGAGACGUUAAAGGUGAUUCAAACGUAAUAAUAUAGAAUAAUCUUGUUGAAAGAUGUUGCAAUUUUUGUUUAUUCUACUAUCUGGUAUAACAGGUUUUACUUUGGCGGGAUAUCCAGAACAUACUUCCGGAAAUAAUAUAAAUAGUGACGGCCAAUCUUAUGGAUAUGGAUAUUCUGGUAGCUUUUCCGGAGCAGGACCGAAUCUACAAAAUAUUCCAUUUAGCCAAGGAUUCGAUUUUAACAAUUUGUUUGAAAAUUUCAAUAAAUUUCAACGACAUCUAUUCGAUCAUGGUGAUGGUGCUUACAGUUAUUCACAUACACAUUCUAGUACAAAUGGCAAGGUAGAUGCUUCUUCUAGUAUAACUUUCAAUAACGGUAGAAAAGAUCUGUCGAAAGGAAUUCAAUCACAAUCUGCAUUUGUUCAAAAUAAUGCCCAAGCAAGGUCAAACUUUCCGGAAACAGCAGGUGGAUACGCAGGUGGGUAUGGUUUCGGUAAUGAAAACAGUGGAUCGUUUAGCGGGUCUUUCCCAGAGUUAUAUCCCGAUGGAACAAGCUUUCAAUUUAUUCCAGGAUCUGAUGUAACUGGUGAAUUUACACCAAAAGGGAACGGUGCUACUGCAUUUGGCUCCGUAGGCUCUGAUGGGGUUCGUCAAGGUGCUUUUGUUUAUCCAGAAAACCCCAACAAACCUAAUGUAAACGUCAGAUUUGGAGCGGAUCAACCGUCAGAUGGUUUCAAAAGUGUUUUCACUUCCAGUUCUAGCUACACAACCAAUGUUAAUGGAAAACCAAAAACCGUACAAAAAGCUUCAACAACUGUUAAUGAUAACGGAAAGGUUACAACUUAUACACGAGAGAGUCCUAGAGAAUAAAUUAAUCUUCAAUUUCUUUAUAUAGUUUUGUCUUUUUCCUUUGUAUUGACAAUAAACGUAAUUUAAUAUAUUGUUAAAUUUA